AUGUCCUGGGCAGAGACCACUUUACUCCACUUUAUAGCAAUGGCUGAGAUCAUGUGUGGUUUGGUGGUCAAUGGAUUCAUUACAAUAGCCAAACUGAUGGACUGGUGGGGAGGUAGAAAGCUGAAGCCAUUUGACAAGAUAUUCUUCAGUCUUGGACUUUCUCGUCUAAUUCUCCUGUUUUUCACCCUUCUCAACAUCAUCAACCGAGCCUUUAGUCUGAACUUUUAUCAUAUCAAUGUUCUUACCCGGUUCCUCAAUACCGUCUAUCUAUUCCUAGACUUCUCCAGUCUUUGGUUCACUAUGUGGAUUUCUGUUCUGUACUUUAUCAAGGUCGUCAUCUUCAAGAACACUCUCCUCAUCCGAAUGAAACUGAAGAUUCCAGAACUGGUAAAGUAUGUGGUUCUGUCCUCCAUGUUCGUAUCUUUUGUUUCCGCCUUUAUUUUUGCUUAUAAUUUUGAAGGGGCUUCAGAUAUUAUGAUUCCUCCAAGAAACAAGGCAACUAAUACGAGUGUGGAUAAGCAGAUCAUAUACUUGGCGCCAUCUUACGCCUUUGGACAUUUCCUGCCUUUCAUAUUGGUCAGUGUCUCAUCAUUAUUCCUGAUUGAAGCCAUUUAUGUUCACGUGAGACGUUUAACCAGCAACAUCACAAGUUUUUCCACCCCCAACAUGGAUGUCCACUUCUCCGCUAUCCACUCUGCGGUGAUGCUUGAGGUCAUGACUGUCUUUAAUUUAAUCGUCACCAUCCUGAUUCGUUUUGACUUCUAUGACUUCUUUAAUAAAGGUAUACUGUUUUUAUUUGCUGUGGCUUACCCUAUACUCCACUCGGUGGCGCUCAUUGCAGGAAAUGCGAAGCUUAAGAAAUUGGCGCUUGGAACACUGAAAUGUGGAGCAGUGAGGACUCUUUGUACCAAACCUCAAGGGAAUGUUCAAGAGGACACCAUCACAACUCAACAGACCAAAGUCUGA